AUAUUGUAGGGAUGGAAGGGCUAAAUGUAUGAAGUACCCAAAAAAUAGAAAGCUAAAUUAAUAGCUCUCCAAGCAAACGCCAAAACUGUGUCACCCCUCAACACAGCUUCACUUCAGGAGAGAUGGAAAAGGCCAAUGUUUUUCACUUCACAAACCCUCCCAUCCAAACCUCUUCUCCAUUUAUAAAGCCUUUCCUUCUUUCCCUAUCCUCACUCUCUUAUUCUCAGAUUCAAUCACCAUAUAUAUGUUUCACACCUUUUGAUAGCUUCUUUGCCCUUAUUCCAAGUCUGGACAACUAAUUUUCAAUAACUCUAGCAAUGGAACCUGGCCAGCAUGAAUCAAGUGAAGAAAGUGAUCAACAAGGGCAUGAUCCGGACGCCGGCCGAUCCUACGGAUGCGUCUUCUGCAAGCGAGGCUUCUCCACAGCCCAGGCAUUAGGUGGGCACAUGAACAUCCACAGGAGAGAUAGAGCAAAGACCAAACAAUUUGAAGCUCCAUCAGCUUCAAAUUUACCUGAUUCUUCACCAAUUUCAUGUCAUCCACCACUUCACUUUCCAGCUCCAGAGGCAAGGAGAAGUUAUCAAAGGUAUUUUCCAUCAACCACAUCCAGCCCUAGAUAUCCCCAUGCAUACCAUGCAAAUGAACAUCACAUUCAAAGACCACAGCUUGAGGAAGACUGGAGCACAGCCUUGAGUUUACAGAUUGGUUCUACACAAAUUGGACAAAGUGAGAAAGAGAAGAAGCAAAAGAAGGAAGAAGAUCAACUAGAUUUGGAACUUCGACUUGGCCAUGAUCCAUAGUACAUGGUCACUUACCAAUAUAUUUUCUUGUAUAUCUUUUGUCUAUCUAGGUAUAUUGUCUAGCAGGAUAUUCCUUAUGCCAUGAACAAAAAAAUGUGGAAGUUAUAUAACUAGAUCCCCUCUGGCAAUUCUAUUUAGAAGGCAUGGAAGGAGAACAAGAAAGUACAAUUAAUUGAGGAUCUGGCUUAAAAAAGGAAGAAUCAUUAACAAAUGAAUCAUCUCAAUCCCUUGUCUAAAAUUCCUGAGGUACUUGAAUUUUUAUCUGUCCAUCUAAACCCUAAAUUUUAGUUUAGUUAAAAUGACUUCCUUCUAUUAUUCUUUCCU